UACAUUCGAAAUAUUGUUAUUCGAGAUAUGUGGAAGUGAGAAUUUGAUAUUUUUUCUCUGAAUGCACCUUGCUGUACGUGUAAGUAUGCAUUUGUAUGUCAAGGAUGUGACAAGUGGGAAAAUGCACUAUCUCUCACUCAUCCUAAAACAGAGAGAGAGGAACGAAUGAGUAUAUAAGCGGCGGUUAUUGGAUUUGUCAGCUUCAUUCGACCACUAGUCACGUUUCACACAUAUCCUCGCUAUCAUCAUCAUGGAGUCCACACGUGAGCAGUACAUCCUUCCGGAUACACCUCCUCAACAAGAACCAUCAUUCCCAUCUUACUGGGCAGCGCAAGCUGCACGGAAGAAGAAGAUUCCUUCUACCAGUGGUGCUCCCCCUGCUGCAUCCGACCCCGAGGAGUCGCCUCUGAAGAGACGUGGAGUCUUCGUGGAGAGAGGGAUGAGCAGCGAUGAGCUCAUUAUACCAGACACACCACCAUCUCAUCUAGGAUGGGCACCGAAGCGAGUGCCGCUAACAACAAUUACCACCAACAGGCAGCAGGGGAAGAGAAAACUGCAAUUUCUGGAGGAGGAGGAAACCAACUUCGUACCCUCACAGAAACGUAUGUCUGAGAACACCUCCAUGGCUCCGCUACUGGAGGAGGCAGCCGCGCGGGAUGAUGAUGAUGAGGACUUCAUCGCACUCAUCAAUAACCCAUCACCAAAACCGUGGAUGCCUCUCCGCGAGCUGGCGGAGGAUGUUCCACAUGCUAUAAUCUCAGUGCGGGAGGAAACAAACCAUCAUGGCAGACGAAUUAUUUUGAAAAUUAAUAUUGCAUCUACGAAGAAAAUCUCUGAGGUAUACCUGCCUCAGAGAUUUUCUUCAAUAAUUUCACCUUGUAAAGUUGUUAAAUUUAAUUCUAACUGUAAAAAUUUAGGAAUAGUAGUGAAGCAUAUAACCGCUACAUGGAGCGACAUUAAGAUUGUUAAAAUGUAACAAUCUUAUUCUCAUAGCAUGUAGCGGUUAUAUGCUUCACAAGUAGUAUAUAAUGUAAAUAUUGUAGUGUUUGAU